UCCUGACCUCCCCAAAUGAGCCUGGGUACAUUUGUGUUCCCACUCCGAUACUUGGCGCUACCCUCUGUCAUCCUGGAUCUGCGACCCUGGCCCAGGCCUGCUCCGGAUUCCCAUCAGCGCUCGCUGUUCGGAGGUCUCUGCGCACUACCGACGGGUGGGGCCGCAGGUUGGCCUGCCAGGGCCUUGAGGAGGUUUCUGAGCAAGGCGCGGCCCCAUCCCCCAUCUGGGCUGCCCUUGCUCCCCCAUCGUUCCCGGGCUGGGGCGCCGCCCCGUAGAAGCAGCUUCAAAAGGCCAGGCCUGAGCUUCCGCAGCCGGGCUCGGGUCUGCGGGGCCGCACAGUGGAGGCCUGGGCAAGAUUUCGAACGUCGGGGCCGCCCCAGACCUGGGGUCUCCGAAAAUCUGGUCCAUGCUGGCAGCAAGGCUGCCCAGGCUGCCCUGUGCCCUGGAGACCUGAUCCAGGCCAUCAAUGGUGAGAGCACAGAGCUCAUGACACACCUGGAGGCGCAGAACCGCAUCAAGGGCUGCCAUGACCACCUCACCCUCUCCGUGAGCAGGCCUGAAAGCAGGAGCUGGCCCAGUACCCCAGAGGAGAACAAGGCUCAGGCACACAGGAUCCACAUUGACCCCGAGGCCCAGGAUGGCAGUCCAGCGACCAGCAGGAGGCCUUCAGCUGCUGGGACUGGGCCAGAAGAUGGCAGGUCAGGCCUGGGAUCUCCUUACGGACAGUCGCCUCGCCUCCCAGCCCCACACAAUGGCAGCAGCAGUGAGGCUCCUAUGCUGGCCCAGAUGAGCACCCUGCAUGUGUCUCCACCCCACAGUAUUGACCCAGCCAGAGGCCUUCAGCGGAGCCGCGACUGUGGAGUCGACCUGGGCUCAGAGGUGUACAGGAUGCUCCAGGAGCCGGCUGAGCCCAUGGCUGCGGAGCCCAAGCAGUCAGGCUCCUUCCGCUACUUGCAGGGCAUGUUAGAGGCAGGCGAGAGCGGGGAACGGCCGGGGCCUGCCGGCCCCCGGAACCUCAAGCCCCCCGCCAGCAAGCUGGGCGCUCCGCUGAGCGGCCUGCAGGGGCUGCCCGAGUGCACGCGCUGCGGCCACGGCAUCGUGGGGACCAUUGUCAAGGCGCGAGACAAGCUCUACCACCCCGAGUGCUUCAUGUGCAGCGACUGCGGCCUGAACCUCAAGCAACGCGGUUACUUCUUUCUGGACGAGCGGCUCUACUGCGAGAGCCACGCCAAGGCGCGCGUGAAGCCACCCGAGGGCUACGACGUGGUGGCAGUGUACCCCAAUGCCAAAGUGGAACUCGUCUGAGCCGCUGUCGAAACCGCCACUCCCCAACUCUGCUUCUUUUAAUGUCCCCACGAGGCCAGUGUAAAUAUGUGUGUGCCCUGCCUUCCUAAUAAAUUCCCGAUGCCCAUCCUGA